AAAUUGAUUAUCCACGAAGUUGUGAUAUGAUUUUAAGUGUAUUUAAAUGAUGCUGAGCUUUGAAGCUUCAAUUGUAAUAAUUGCAUUAAACUUUGUUUUGACAAAAGCUGGUCCACUUGAUUGGGCGAGAGUGGAAAUACCCUGGGCAAGAGCUGAUCGAAUUCCUAUUGACGUAAAUUUACCGUGGUUGCCAUUUGAAAACGAGACGCGAUGCUACGGUGAAAUUGGAUGUUUAAAUAUCACCAGAGAAUGGUAUCAUUUGAUUCACAGGCCAUUCAAUGUCUUCCCACUGCCACGAAAUGUCAUCAAUACACGAUUCAUUCUUUAUACCAAUGAAAAUCCCACCGAUGGACAGCUCCUGGUUGCUGAAGAUAAAGCUUCCAUCAAUGGAUCUAAUUUUAAGCCGGAUCGUCCUACAAAGUUCAUAAUUCAUGGAUUCAUUGAUACUCCAUUGUCUAAUUGGGUGUCUGAGAUGAAACAGGAGUUGCUCAAACAUUCUGAUCAAAUUCAAGUUAUCGUCGUAGAUUGGGGAAGCGGAUCAUUGCCAUUGUACACACAAGCUGUUGCUAAUACUCGUCUUGUAGGUUUAGAACUUUCUUAUUUAAUAAAGAAACUAAUUGAUGAUCAUGGUCUUAAUCCAGAAGACGUGCAUUUAAUAGGACAUUCACUUGGCUCUCAUCUUGCCGCAUAUGCAGCUGAAAGAAUUCCGAAUAUAGGACGCAUUACUGGAUUAGAUCCAGCUGAGCCUUUCUUCCAAGGAAUGCCAGAAUUCGUCCGUUUAGAUCCUAGUGAUGCAAAAUUCGUCGAUGUCAUUCAUACAGAUGCAAGAAGUCUAUUCCUCCUUGAAAUACCAGGCUAUGGAAUGUCACAGCCCUGCGGACACUUAGAUUUCUAUCCAAAUAAUGGAAAAGAGCAGCCAGGAUGUAUAUUAUCACAAGAAAGUAGUGCAUUGAUUCCUCUAACACUUAUAAAAGAUGGAAUUGAAGAGGCGAGUCGAGUUCUUCUGGCUUGUAAUCAUGUUAGAGCUAUAAAAUUAUUCACAGACUCAAUCAAUGGAAAGUGUCCAUAUGUAGCUCAUCGUUGCCCAUCAUACCAGCAUUUCACAGAUGGCAAGUGCUUCAAAUGUAAUGGAGGAAAUUGUGCAUUAAUGGGCUAUCACUCAACAAUGCCUUAUUCCUAUCAAAAUUACCAUAAUCAUAAUGCAUCUGAGAAUGAUGUUGUUCCGUCACCCGAUAAUUAUCCACCGAUUGCUCCGGUACAGGGUAAAUAUUUCCUGAUAACAGGCAAGGAACCAUUGUGUCAACGACAUUACAGAUUUAUUAUUGAGAUGGCUAGGCCAGUCAUGGCUGAGAAGUGGGUGCAAGGAUUCUUAACUGCCGGCAUUUUUACUGAGCGUGGCAAAAGCCUCAGGAAUUUAGACUUGACUCCGAAAGGGACUCAACGAUUUGAGCAUGGCAAGUCGUACAUGAUUGUUGUCACUAAUCCAAAUGACAUUGGAGAUCGAAUUAAUAAGGUUGAGCUGAAUUGGAGUCACGAGAUGAACGUUCUUGAACCUAGAAAUCUAUGCCUAUUCUGGUGUAAUGAUCAUUUAUAUGUGAAGUCGAUAACAGUUGAUAUGAUGCAAAUGCCAACUAGGGAAAAACGUGAACUUGAAAAAUCGAACAAACUUUGUCCAAAACAAGAAAUUGCUGAUAUUAAAUCACUCGGACGUGUUUUAUUCUACGAUAGUUGUAAGAGAUGAAAUUAAAGGAAUUAAUGUAAUUAUUAGAUAUUAGACUUCAAUGCUAGUUUACUGGUACAAAGAGAGAUGAAGAUAUAUCAGUUAUGAUUUCAUUGACUGAUGACUUACUAUUUGUGACGACUUUAUUUUAAGUCAAAAAAAAAAUCGAUUUUAAUUUAUACGAUUAAAGUUUUUUAUUAUUGUG